AGGCGACGUCGACUAUGAAAAGAGCUGCUCCGGUAAUGCUGAAAGAUGGAUGUCCGUCUUGUCCUCAUCAUCAUCCCCCCUCUCUACAAAUCCUUUUCUUCUUUCCCUUUUUCUUCUUUUUUACUUCAUCGCACCGAUUUGGCGCCGUUGCCAGAACUGAUGGAGCUUAUAUUCUCUCUCUUGCCCUUUUAUUUUUUUCUAUUCAAAAAGGAUCUGUAAGUCACCCUGCGUGCGUGCAGUCUAGGGGGGGACAGACGGACUUCCCGACCGGAAGAAGGAAGAAAAAAAAUGAAAGUUUCCGAGAAAACAGGCGGUUGCGCAAAAAUCUUUAUAUAAGAUUUUAUACUUGGAAAUUGAAUUUGAUAGAUUUUUCGUGAGCUGUAUUUUUUAAAUUCCAUUUGGGGAAUAAUAAUCUAUUUAAAAUUGACAUGACAUUUCUCAACUGUGGGGGCUGAAUUCAAAAGAAGCGGAUGACUCAUUUCUCGUGUGUAGUAAACGAGUUGUACGUGCGUCGUCGAAGAAGAAGAAGCAACCGGGAGUUGUGUGUGUGACGAAUCAGCGCGCGCGCUUCAAAGUGUCUGGUAACGCUGGAUGAUGAAAACGAUCAAUACAGUUGUGUGUAUAUGCUUGUGCCUGUGACGAGAGAGAGGGAAAAGAAAAGUAUAUUGGGUAGUGAAUAGAAACGCCAGCGGAGUUUGGAGGGGAGAGAGAGGAACGUGAGACGAGAACAGUCGGGACGAAAAGAAAAAAUAAUCCGCUUUUAAUUUAGCUUGAUAGCUGGAACAGUAGCCAACCUCUCAAAUUGAAACACACAGACAAAAGCUUAGACAAACUACACUAUGCGCCAAGCCUAAAUAAAAAUGUCGUCCGAACGUGAGUAUGGGGCCACCCUGUGUCGAGGGGGGUAAAACCAGCAGUAGACGAUAGAAGUCGGUAGACUCGGUACCGGUUUGUUGUUGGCUCUUGUGUUGGUGUGUGUGUUCGUUCCUGUGUGUGCCGUCGUUUUUCUUUCCCUCCCUCGUUAUUUUUUUUUAGUUGUCUUUUAUUUAUUCAUCUUUUAUAUACUUAAAUUACGUGAGCCAUUUGUUUCGGUUUUUUCUUUGAGUUUUUCCCUCGUGAUUGGUGAAGAUACUGCACGAAGAAUCAAAGUUUUUCUGUGUUCUUCUGUGGUGAGAGAGAGAGAAAAUAAUCAGUUGGAAGCCUUCGGCGGUUGAUUCUUCACGGCUCCACACAAAAUCUACAGAUUUGACAUGUCGACCAUCAACGGAGACGGUGGCCGGACGACUCCGAAAACCAAUGGAGAGAAAUUCAAUGGAACGUCGGGCGAAGCCACGGACGAUGUCAAGGCGACCCAACAACAUAUCAAAAAUCUAGAAACGGAAUUGAAACAUGCACGCGAAGCUCUUUCAGCUCUGAAGGCGGACCGGAAACGAUUGAAAGCCGAGAAAUUCGACGUGCUGAAUCAAAUGAAGCAGCUCUACGCCACGCUAGAAGACAAAGAAAAAGAGUUGAGGGAGUUCAUCCGUGCUUAUGAGAAGCGGAUGCGGGAGAGCGAGUCGGCCCUGCGUCAAUUAAUACAGGAACGCAACGAGGCGGAACGGGAGAAAUGGACGAUAUUGCGGCACGCAAGAGACGAAGCCGAACGUUGUCUCGCCGUGACAACUCAAUUGACUGCCCGCGACGCCAAAAUCGACCAACUUCAAGAAGAACUGGCCCAGAUCCGACAGCAAUUGAGCCGACAGCAGAUGGCCGGCCAACGGAUUUCACCGACGAUAGCCAUGUCGACCGUGGCUAAUAGCGGCCAGCAGCAGCAACAACAACGUCCGUCCCUAGCAACGACGGCGAGACACAAGAGAUCGAGCAUCAGUUCCAUGGACAGCGCUGCCGUCGUGUCAGAUGCUUGCGACGAGCCUCUUUAUUCGCGGAUCGAUCACAGCAGCAGCAACGAGAGCCAGCGUGAAGCUACGACGACGGCGGCCGCCGGGUCGUCGAUAACCGCACCCAGUAAUCAUGACGGCGCAGCAAUAGCAGCAGCUUUAGUCGAUCAACUGAUGGCUGAUGUUGAUUCUCUUUCUAUGAGUUCGAUCGUGCCCGGUAGUCUGCUGUCGGCGGCCACGGUGGAUUCCGGUGACGUUAGGAAACUCGAUGAGCUGACAUGCCAGUCCCUGGCAUCUGAUUCCGGAUGGAAGUCGACGGAUCAGCUGAGUUUGGCCAGUUUCGGUAGCAAAACCAUGAACAAAUUGACUUUAAACAAAUCGAUAUCGCGCAACGGUGGACCUUGGGGCAGCAUUUCACGUGUCUUUUCCCGAGCCAGCAAGCAACGCAAAACCCUCGAUCUCUCCAUCUACGAAGGUCCACCUCGGUCGGAACGGGAUUCAAGGCGAAGUUGGUCCCCACGCAGUUCAUUAUGCACCACGCCAUUGACUGAGGAGACGGUGGCCGACCGGUUUCGAUUCUGGGACGAAGCCCAGAGCUGGGCUGUCGAACGUUGGAAAGCUGGACAUGUCUUGGCCUGGUUAGAAUUCGGCAUGGGCAUGGCCCGUUAUCUGCCCGCAUGUGCCGAAAACAUCAAGAGUGGCAGAGUUUUACUUGAGCUAUCGGACACUGAAAUUGAAGCCGGAUUAGGACUCAAUCACGCCAUGCACCGCAAAAAAGUCCGACUGGCCAUUGAAGAACGGCGGCCUGGCCAACCAGUUCGUUAUCCGCUCUUGUCAACUCUCGGGAAUUCGUGGGUCGCCAAUGAAUGGCUCACCGACAUCGGACUCACUCAGUACGCUGACGCCUUUCACACCUGUCUAAUGGACGCCCGACUACUAGACAAUUUGACCAAACGUGAAUUGGAGAAGCAUUUGGGUGUGACCCGCAAAGCUCAUCAAACAUCUAUCGUGCAAGGCAUUACUUUCCUUCGUAUGAUCAAAUACGACCGGCAGGCAAUCAACGAAAGACGAAGACAGUGUGAUGUGAUUGACUGUGAUCCUCUGGUGUGGACCAACCAACGUUUUAUCAGCUGGGCACGGGGCAUCGACUUGGCUGAAUACGCCGACAACCUUAGAGAGAGCGGUAUUCAUGGCGCUUUAGUAAUCCUGGAUCCUACGUUUAAUGCGGACGUCAUGGCGACCGCCAUGGGCAUUCCUACGUCAAAGAACAUUAUACGUCGCCAUUUAGCUACCGAGUUGGAAUCGCUCGUCCAAAUAACACGAGCGAGGUACGAGCAACGCAGUCGACAAGCUCGAAGCGAACGGAAACGAGUGGAAAAAAUGGACGGUAAUGCCAGUUUAGGUCGAAAUUUGUCGCGCUCUUUUACAACGGGAUUGGUGUCAAGUGGACCCAAUCAGGAAGAUAUUUAUGGCCGAUCUGCGGAGAAUAACGGCAGCAUGCUUGGCAUCAAAUCCAACGUUAGAGCGAGCUUUCACGCAUCAUUGAGCAGGGCGUUCGGUCGAAAGAUUAAGCAAGACCGAGCUGCAGCUGCGGCUGCUGCUGCGACAGCAGUUUCAGGAAAUGGGAGCAUUGCAACAUCGGACGAUCGUGACGCCUUGAUUGCCAACAGCUCAGACACUGCUGGAGCACCAGCAUCGGCCAGCUCCUCUUCUAUUUAUUCCGACGCCAGAGACUGGACGCUCAAAAAUUCGCAGGCGGACAACCACCGGCGCGUCAAAUCUAGCAGUGAUAUCGAGAAAAUUACAGUGACUAGAGUAUAGUUAAUUUCUAAUAAUAAUAAUAUUAUUCCUGGCGGCAAAUCACUUUGCCGUUUGUUACAAAAAAUUUAGUGUUUGUUAGCACAGCAUUUCCCACAGUACCUUUCUUGUCUCUCACGUCAUGUUUACCCAAAUCUUGUUUCUCAGUUGUUUUGUUAUUUAAUAAGAAACUUCUUCUUAUCAUAUAUCGUGGACACAUCGGAUCGGUGAUUGUUGUGAUGAAAAAUGGUCAUGUGUACAUUGUUAGUUCAAAUUCUCUUCUUCGUGAGUGUGAAUUUUGUGCAUAAUACAGUUAUUCGGCGCGUCAUGAAUUAGUCAGCACGCGGGCGAUUGCUCGGUUUAUACAAAUUAUAUAUAUGAAUAAACGCAUUCAAACUAUCCCAAACAAAA